GCCGCACCAUUCUCUGUCUGUUUCUUCCUCUUCUCCUCAUUCUUCCCUUUCUUCCUUCUUCUUUUCUUCUUCACUCUGCUGCUUCAAAGCCUCCGCGCGGCGGUGAUGGUGAGCAGGUGACGCCGGCGGCGGUUUACGGUUCAGAGAAUACAGGAACCGAAACCGAAGCGAGUAAGAACCGGUUUCAGUUUCGAGUCCAUGAACCGGAACUCGCGGUUCGCCGGUUCGAAACCGAUUGGGCCAAGUCUGUGUCUGUCUACUCCCUGGGUAGCUUGUUGCUACUGUCUAAAUAAAACACGCGUUUUACAUAAAUCGCCUUUCACGUUGACAUGAAUUAAAAUUAACCUAAAGCCCCAAAUUGGCUGAAUCUUCUGUAAGCUGAAGACAUCCCAAGUGUGCGCCGGCCAAUUAUCUAUAACGGAAGACGUAAUCUGACAUGGGUAGAAUUGCAGUUGUCUCAGUCGUGACUCUAUGGUUGAUACCCGUUUCUAUUCUUGUCAAUCGCGUUGUGCCCUACCCUUACAUGGAUGAGAUAUUCCACGUGCCGCAAGCUCAACAGUACUGUCGAGGGAAUUUCAGAAGUUGGGAUCCCAUGAUCACCACUCCUCCUGGGCUGUACUUUCUUUCACUUGCCUGUGUUGCUUCUUUGUUUCCAGGACUGUUCUGCCUGCAAGCAGUAUCAUCCUUUUCAGACUCAUGCUCUACCUCAAUUCUGCGUCUGACCAAUGGCAUUCUGGCAGUAUUAUGUAGCAUUAUAGUUUAUGAAAUAAUCACCCAUUUGAAACCAGCUAUGGAUGACAAGCGAGCAACACUUCUUUCUGUGGUCUUGUCAUUGUAUCCAAUCCACUGGUUCUUUACUUAUCUCUAUUAUACGGAUGGGGCGUCACUAACAUCAGUACUCGCCAUGUAUCUUUUAACUUUAAAGAAGAGGUACCUGUUCAGUUCGUUGCUGGGAGCAUUGUCUGUGUUCACGCGCCAAACCAAUAUUAUAUGGGUAUUUUUUGUUGCAUGCACUGGUGUCCUAGAAUUUAUUCAGUCUCAUCAGAAAGCUAUAGCGGAAGUAGAUGUCCUCAGCAUGUCAAAGGGAAAGGGCACGUCUAAUGUUGAAGGUGCAUUGAGGACUUCUAAUUUGCGACAACGAAAGGGCAGUUAUGGUGCAAAGAGUCAGAUCAAAGUUACUUCCCGAUCUGUUCCCAUGGAAUAUUCAACAGGGUUGCUUGAUGAGAUUCAAGGCCUUAUAAUUAUUUCAUGGAAUCAUUUCUGGGAGCUAUUGUUAGUAUUUAGCCCUUUCAUUGUGGUGUUUGGUGGUUUCAUUGCUUUUGUUUUCUGGAAUGGCAGCAUCGUUCUUGGUGCUAAAGAUGCGCAUGCAGUUUCUCCUCAUGUUGCUCAAAUGCUGUAUUUUGGCUUGGUUUCUGCUUUGUUUAUGUUUCCUGUUAACUUCUCUUUAGCUCAAGCUACUGAAUUUUUCCGCCAGCUCUGCAAGAAUAAACUGCUAAGUAUCUUUCAGUGGCUCUUGGCAUUAACCAUUGGAUUAUUUUCUGUGAAAUUUUUCAGCAUAGCCCACCCAUAUCUUCUUGCUGACAACCGGCAUUAUACCUUCUAUCUCUGGCGAAAACUCAUCAAUUACUGUUGGUCAGCUAAGUACCUUAUGGUGCCACUUUAUUUCUACUCGUGGUUUUCCAUCAUCAGUAACUUAGCAAAAAAUCAAAAGAAGCUCUGGGUGUUGGCAUAUGUUUUUGCAUGUGCUGCAACUCUUGUUCCUGCUCCACUGAUAGAGUUCAGAUACUUUACGGUUCCAUUCUUCUUCUUGGUCCUCCAUUGCAAUAUCACUGACAAGAGUUUACUUCUCUUGGGAAUCAUGUAUCUCUCUAUCAAUUGCUUCACAAUGUUCAUGUUCUUGUUUCGACCUUUUUCUUGGAAGCAUCAAGCUGGAACACAAAGAUUCAUUUGGUGAAACACAGUGAUGCGAUAAAUUAACUGCCAAUUUUUUCCUAGAUCAGAUAACUGCAUUAACCCCAGCUUCAACACUAGGGUGUGGACAAUGGAAAUCACCUUAGUCCAGACAGACCUCCACAGGCACGCACAUCUCUACACUCUUCUCUCUCCUCCGUCGUGCAGUAUAGUAACAUUUCUUUGGAUUGGGUUAUAUGUACCUAUUUUAUCCUGAUAAAUGUCAACUUGUAUUUAUAUUAUCUUGCUGUUUCAUGUUAUUGAUACACCAUUCAUGAUAGAAUUCCUUUUCCCCCUCUAAAUGAUGCAGUAACCUUCUAUCUA